AUGGUGUUGCCUACUCGCCAGGCCGUUGACCGACGCUCCCGCAAGGGCUGCAAGAAGCACCGCCCCGAGAUUAUCGUCGUGGACCUCAAGGACCACGUGCUGGGGCGCGCUGCCGCCAUCGUCGCAAAGCAGCUUCUGCUCGGCAAGAAGAUUACCGCGGUGCGUUGCGAGCAGCUGAAGAUUGCAGGAACGGAAAUCCGCAACAAGAUCAAGUACCUACAGUUUCUUCGCAAGCGGAAGCUGUCAAACCCGAAACUCGGGCCCUUCCACCACCGCAGCCCCUCCGACAUUUUUCUUCGCACGGUGCGUUCAAUGCUACCCCGCUACACCAAGCGCGGUCAGAAGGCGCUGCGCCAGCUGGUCGCGUACGAGGGCAUUCCCACGAACGUUGUGCGCACCGGUGGCCGUGUGGUGAUCCCCAAGGCGCAGCGACACUACUGCUACCGUAGUGAGCGUCCCUACACGGUGCUGGGGAACAUGUGCAAGCACGUUGGCUGGAAAUACAGCGAUGUUGUAAAGAAGCUUGAGACAGCCCGUGUGGAGAAGGCAGCCCGCCACCACAAGAAGACGGAGAAGUUACGCGCCGCCUGGAAGUCUGCGCGCAAGGAGGCUCUCUCGAGGGUCUCCAAGAAUAAAUUGGAGGUGCUGAAGAAGUUUGGCUACGCGUAG